GCCAACAUUGGGGGGGGGGGGGCCAUGUUAUUUUUCUCCUAAAGAUUUUGAGGCUAACUCGUUGGGAGGGGAAAAAAGCAAAAAUACAUCUUUUGAGAAAAUAGGAAGUAUUGCCCUAAGUAAAUUCAUGAUCGGAGUCUCUGCCAGUUGUAUUUAACAACAAACGAGACUUUCAUGCUUUCACCUCUUUUCUCACUCAUUUUGCGAUUCAAGAGACGUUCCCGGACUGGAACUCCAAUAAUCGUUCGCCUUCAUGCACCUUCACUAAAGCGACAUAUUCUGCGGACAGCUUGAUUUUGAAAUCCUCAAACAUCCUCAACACAUCAGUUUUACUUUGCAUGGAAAUUUGAAAUUUACAGGGGACUAUGGCGAAGAAGCUGGUGAUCAUUGACACAGACUGUGGUAUCGAUGAUGCACAGGCUAUAAUGAUGGCCUUGGCUGCACCUGACAUUCAGAUUAUGGCUGUUACCUGUUGUUUUGGGAAUACAACGGUGGAGAAUGUAUGUCAGAAUGUUUUGAAGGUGCUCUCAGUCUGUGAACGUGACCAGAUACCUGUGUUCCAAGGUGCUGCAGGUCCCCUCAUUGGGGCAAGUAAACCAUUCAGUGACCACUUUGGAACUGACGGGCUGGGAGAUGUGAUCAAAGACAGAGAUCCAGAGUGGGAGGAGAAAAUCCAGAAAGAGCAUGCUGUUAAUGCAAUGACAAGACUGGUGUCUGAAAAUGAGAAUCAGGUGUCCCUGGUGGCUCUUGGCCCGCUGACAAAUCUUGCCCUUGCUGUUAGAAUGGAUCGACAUUUUCCGAAAAAGCUCAAAGAUCUAUUCAUUAUGGGUGGUAAUACAGAAGGAAAGGGAAAUGUGACUUUAUGUGGGGAGUUUAACUUUGUGAUGGAUCCAGAAUCUGCAUAUAUUGUGUUGGAAGAAUUCCUUUGUCCAACACACCUGGCAUCAUGGGAAUACAGCUGCAGACACAAAUUGACAUGGGACUUUUUUGAAAAACUAAUCAAUCAGGACACACCUGCAGCACAUUUCAUGAAGAAGAUUACCUCUAAAUGCUGGGCCUAUUCCAAGGAAGCUAUGAUGAAUAAGAGGGAUGUGUAUUUUGGAUCUGGAUUUGUCUCUUAUGAUGCCUAUGCAAUGGCAGCCUGCAUCGAUAGCAGCAUAGUAACUGAGAGCAUAGAAUGUGCAGUCCAUGUGGAGUUGCAGGGUACGAUCUGCCGUGGCAUGAUGGCUCUAGAUUUGACAAAUCAACUAAAAAAGAGUCACCAUAUAUUUGUUAUGAAUAAAUGUGAUCUUGCCAAAUUCAGUCAGUUACUAAUGGAUUCCCUCAGAAAACCUUGUAAUAAGUGAUAUUUGUGGAAAGUGUGCAACGAUUGACAAAAAUAAAGAUGUGAUGAUUGAACAACAAUACAAAAGGGAAUGUUUCAGCUUGUAUUAGCUCUGAAAUGUGUAGAUUGAAGUAACAAUCAUUUAGUAAAAAU